AUGACUUUCGUAAACCCCACACACACCAAUAAAAAUAGGAUAAGAAAGGAGAAGAUCGAAAAAGAAAAAUCAACGCAAUUCAACCAAAAUACCAGUCAGUACAAAUCCAAACGUGAACGUGCAAAGUGUUUAAAAAAAUCUCCAGCGAAUAUAAUAACAAUGGCUUACUUACGAUUACCAAAAUAUCUGGAAACUAAGUUUGGACACUCCGAAAAAACUCAACAAUGGUUUUAUGAAGAUAUUCGUGAAAAACCAUUAUAUCACGCGUUAAAUCAACCGAAAAUCGUUGGGGUGGCGAAAAAAAUAAGCUACACCCCAACGCCAGCCUACAUGGUUUACUUGAAGAGAGUCGGAACAGUCAAAACGAGGAAAAUCUAUAAAGAAAUCGACGACGUCGUUUUGGAUUCCCUCAAACCAACCAGGAAUACCUUCCUACACGCCAGACCGUCACUCAAGCAAAAGUAUAUUGUCCUAGAUCUGCUGGAACGAUAUAAAAGUGACGGAGAAGCUUUCUACAACUUAAAAGUUCAACUAGAAUACUUAAACAACUUGCAGAAGGGAAUUUUCGAAUACAUAGAGGUGCCAAAGUACAAGGAGAUGGACAGAAAAAAAAUCUACAUUCUAAAAAAUGAAGACGAAAAUGUAUCAGAAGAUUUAGAAUGGGACGGAAAAGUGAACGCGCUACGAUACUACGAAGAACAUGAAGAAGAAGGAAACAACAUUUUCAAAGAGUUGAUGCUACAGGAGGGAGACUAUCAACGGAUCAACAUUGCCGAUUUCAACCCUGUCAACUUGGAUUACUAA